GGUAAACUAUGUUAUUAAAAAUGUGAUUUACUUCCGCCGCCAGAGGGCGCUGUUCCGCUUCUUUGGCCCGGUGUUUGCUUUGGAGUGACAUCGAGGAAGUGGAGCAUUCAUUUUUGGGAAUGAACAUAAGGCGUGGAUACAACAGGCAGAGUUUUUAAAUCCGUUUUACCGUAUCAUCAACAGCCCAUCGACGGCUUUUUAUUGACCCGGACAUGAAGAGAUUGUAGAGUGUUUGAUGUUGAGGACAGAAGGGCAACCGCUGUCGGCUAACCCUGCUAACAGUCAGUCUUUAUUUAUGAAACAACACUGAAACACAACAAGAGACACACACUAACUGCAGCAUGACCGGUGGACAUUCACAAUGAAACAUGAGUAAUGCAGGAGUGUGUUUGAUUCAAAACUUAUGAUGUGAUGUUAAAUGUACCUGUCAUCCAGCAGCAGUACCACUGGGAUUGUGGCUUGGCCUGUUCAAGAAUGGUACUCGAGUAUUUGCAUCCAGUGAGUGAGGAAGAAUUUUUGAGAAUAUGUUCAGACUUGGAGUUCACAGAGAGCGUGUGGACUAUUGACCUGGCUUAUCUCAUGUGUAAGCUGGGGAUCAAGCAUUGCUUCUGCACACAGACGCUCGGUGUGGACAAGGGCUUCAGAAACCAGUCUUUUUACAAGAAGCAUUUUGACACUGAAGAGGACCGGGUAAAUGACCUCUUUCUGAAGGCUGAAGACAAAGGCGUUAUAGUUAAGAAAUGCUCUGUUACCAUUCAGGAGAUUCAGAGCCACCUGGAGCAAGGUCACGUGGCCAUAGUGCUGGUCAAUGCAGUGGUGUUGGAGUGUGAGCUGUGCUCUACUUCUGUCAAAUACUGCUGCUUUCUUCCUGUCGGUCAGAAGUGCUUCUGUCGAAAGCCAGAGUACCAGGGACACUUCAUAACGGUGUGCGGAUUUAACCGGAAAACUGGCAGCAUUUUCUACAACAAUCCUGCCUACUCGGACCGGGUUUGCUGCACAAGCUUCAAAAACUUUGAGGAUGCCAGAAGAAGUUACGGAACGGAUGAGGACAUUUUAUUCGUCUACAAAGAAGGCUGAGUCUCCGGCAGUGUCAGAAUACAAACUUAAAACACACCUUUUCCAUCCACUGUGGUUGACUGGGUUGCAUUUUUGCCAACAGGUACCAACGCUGCCGAUCAAUAGCAGUUAGUAUUUGCCACCUCCUCAUGGUGGCAUGGUCCACAUCAGAGCUAUAGCGUCGCACACAACAUUACCAUGGUGCUAAAUCGGCCACUGAAUGAUAGGUUAUGAAUUAAUAACAGAAAGGAAAGGGAGACGAAAUAAUUUUUAAGCUUGUGCUAAGUAUAACUUAUGUAUUACUGUGAUGUUGAUAUAUAUUUUUAUCUAUAGCUCAUUUGAGUUAUAUAGUCUCUGCCACAGAGGUAGAAGAGGAAUGUAUAUAGUUUUUCAUUCAUGUAAAGAUAUUCUCACAUUCUGUUUGUUCAGGGUGACAUUGGAAAAUCACGGGGCUGAAAUGUAUUUCAUUUUUUUUAUUUUCCUCUCGUAAGCCACUGUACAGUUGAGCGAAUAAUUUUAUUGGCGUGAAAGAGGGAAUGUAUGUUUGAAACUCAGGUAACAUUAAGUCCAGCAUGCUAAAAUAUAUUCCACUACUGGGACAGGAACAUUUCAUAGGUGCAAUACAUCUGGAUUGAUACCGAUAGUUUUCCAGGAGUUUUUCCCAAGAUCAGUUUCAGCAGGACGUCUUUCAUAACUUCAUGUAAAUUAGUAAAACGAAUGUAAACGUUAAUAAAGUAUGUGAAAUUGCUCACAACACCAGUAUAUUAGCAAGACGAGUCUCUUAGAAGUAUAAGAAAUAUUAUGUAUUGAUUUGCUCAUGAAUUUAUUGUGUUGAGGUUAAUCAUAGUUGCCAUAUUGUAAAUGAUUGCCUUCAAGAAAAGGAAAACAAGGAAUACUAUGUUUAGCUUAGUCUUAAAGGUUAACCGUCAGGUGUUUUAUAGAAUAAAGAUGUGCUCUAUUUGAAAUACAGUGCCACAGUAUGGUGAAUGCUUUGCCUGUCCUGUAAACACACUUUGACUGCUCAGUGGUUCAAAUGGUUCAUGCUUGAUGGUUUGUAAUGAAAUGCUUGCACUAUGGUGUUCCUGCCAGCCAUAAUUAUUAUUUAAUCUUUGAUCAUUCAGGUUAAAAUGUUGCUUAUUCCUUUUAUUUUUAAAAUCAGGUGUCAGCUUGUGCAUUUUUUAAAUGACAUACACAAUGGUAAUAUGGCAAAUUUUAUUUUUGAAGAAUUAAAUAGUUGCGUUUAAGAAGUUAAUAAAAGUUGGAUUUGAUUUUUAA